AUGUAUAGAACUGAGACAGAUAUACAAACAGGUUCACAUUGCUUAUUAUUUGGUGCUCAAGAAAGUAAAAGCGCAACUUGUGAUGUGUUUUUUAAGUUCACAUUAGUAUGCAGACAUGCAUCGCCACCACAUAGAAUCUGCAGAUCACAAGUAUUGGUAGCCAGUUCAAAACAGUGGCAACCCAGUUUAUGCCACUUGCGUUUUGUUUCACAUCAUGCUCAAAAGCCCAAUGUUGACUCCCACACAUCAGGACGUGACAUAAAGAGGAGAAAGAAUGAUAUUUUUGCAAAAUCCUACAACGAAUUGAACAUUUAUGUGACAAAUUUCGAGUCACAUUCAGGUUAUUAUUUAAAGGCAAUUGGAAAUAAAUCUGAACGAUUUAUUUUGCUUUCAAUGCAUUGCGCCACUUGA